AUGUCACAAACUACUUCUACUGUGGAAGAAGUACAUGCUUCUCAAAGGAAUUCCCAGGCAACCCAUUCUUCAGUUGCUAAAAGAGUUCAUAGAGAAGUUAGAUUUGGAUCAUAUAUACUUGGAUCUACAUUAGGAGAAGGUGAAUUUGGGAAAGUUAAACUUGGUUGGAGGAAAGAUGGUAAACAACCAUCUCAAGUGGCAAUCAAAUUAAUCAAAAGAGAUAGCAUUAUGAAAGAUUCUGAUAGUGAAAUUAAAGUUCAUCGAGAAAUUAAUUCUCUUAAAUUAUUAAAUCAUCCAAAUAUUGUUAAAUUAGUUGAAGUGAUGAAGAGUGGGAAAUAUAUUGGAAUUGUACUCGAAUAUGCAUCAGGAGGUGAACUUUUUGAUUAUAUUUUACAUCAUAAAUAUCUUAAGGAGAAUGUUGCAAAGAAAUUAUUUGCACAAUUAGUAUCAGGAGUUGAUUAUAUGCAUUCAAAGGGUUUAAUUCAUAGAGAUUUAAAACUUGAAAAUCUUUUAUUGGAUAAACAUAAAAAUGUUAUUAUAUCUGAUUUUGGAUUUGUAAAUUCUUAUAAUAAGGAUAAAAAUGAUUUUAUGAAAACUUCAUGUGGUUCUCCAUGUUAUGCAGCUCCUGAAUUAGUAUUAACUCAAUCGCCUUAUGAAGGUCGUAAAGUUGAUAUUUGGUCAUUAGGAGUUAUAUUAUAUGCUAUGCUUUCAGGAUAUUUGCCAUUUGAUGAUGAUCCAGAAAAUGAAGAUGGUGCGGAUAUUGUGAGAUUAUAUCAUUAUAUAUGUAAGACUCCAUUAACAUUUCCUGAAUAUGUUUCUCCACUUGCAAGAGAUUUAUUAAGAAAAAUCAUUGUUCCCGAUCCAAAAAAGAGAAUUAAUAUUAAUGAUAUUAGAUCACAUCCAUGGCUUACUCCUCAUGUUAAUUUAUUAUCCAUUAGACAACCUGAAUGGGAUAGAAUUCAUAAGGAAAAUAAGACUCCUGCUUCGAUUACUCAAUUGAAUAGUCAUACCAAUAAGAGAUUCUCAAUGUUGAAUGAAAGAACUAAUAGUUCUGCAUUAAUGCCAAAACGUGGGAGAUCAAUGUCAAAUUCAAAUGUUGUCAAUCAAAUAUAUUCAAACCCUCCAGCUCCAACCACUUCUUCAUCUUUGGCAAAUGCCAUUGCCCUACCAUUAUUAAAUGGUACACCAUCUGGCUCCAAUGUAGGAGAAAAUACCCCAAUAAGGCCAUCUUCUCCUUCUCCUAUAAAUGGUACAACAACAGGAUCUGGAAAUUAUUAUAAUUCUGGAUUCCAACGUGGACAUACGAAAUCUGCAUCUGUUUCAAACACUUAUCCAACUGCUAGUACUGCUCUCAAGGCAGUGGUAACUGAGAAUAAUAACAAUUUCAAACGAAAUUCAAUAUCUUCCAUCAAUUCAACUACAUCUCUCAGCAGCACUCAACCAUCAUAUUCUUCAACUUCAACUUCAUCAAAGCCUCAUUAUCAACUUCCAAUGAAUCUUUCUCGUAGUAGUACUUACACGGGUUCAGCUAUUUCUACUAUUGUUGAAAGUCCAACAAGAGCCGGUGCUAGAUCACCAGCUAUUGAUGUUAGAAAUGGGGCUUCUGGUAGUGGUUCAUCUUCUACAGCAGUAACUGCUGCGAUGCUUGCUGUUGCUGGUGGUAACGGUUCUCAAAGACAAAAUAGUGACAAUACAUUCAUUGCACUUCUUCCAUCUAGAGCAGGUGGUUAUAACGCUACUAGAGAACAUACUAGACUUCCACAUUCUGAGAAGAAACCAAGACCAACUUCUUACCAUCCAUCUUCUAUGUCUUCUACACUUUUAUCGUCUAGUCAUGGAAGCUCUACUGGGUUGCUUGAUUAUAUUACUCCCAUCAAUCUACCAAUUCCUCAGUUUUUAUCUACUUCACCUACGAAAUCGAGUACAUCUACUAAUGUUGAUUCUGUUUCAGUUACAGGAGUGGUAGCUGAUACUCCAGGAAGUCCAUCAUCAGGUGUCAAGUCAGGAGCCUCUAUUCAUUCAAGAAGAAGUUCGUUUGUAACUCCAAUUAACGUUAAUGGCGUUUUGACGAGUGAAACGAACCUUUCUCAAGAAAAUAGAAACUCUGUACUUUGCUAUUUGGAGGAUAAAAUUGAAGCAUUAGAAUUAUCUGAUCGUAACAGUCAUAACAAUAGUCCAACUAAAUCUGGAUCAGCACUUAAUGUUACUCCUCAGAUAGAUCAAUAUCCUGAUUUUGAUGGACAAGUAGUAUCACCAACAUCUCCAGAAGUUGAAUUAAAUGCCUUUAAAGAACCUCCUGUCAAAUCGGAAUCAAUUGUAAAUAAUGAAGAAUUAUCUCUGGACAAGAAGAUUGUUGUUAAAAAGGAAGAUAAGGUAUCAUCAUCCAAGAAACAAGAUAGACCUUUUGAACGAGUUCCUUCUCGUAAGGAUUCUAAAGAACGUGAACGUAAAGAAAAGGAUAAAGAAAAUAAGGAUAAGGAAAAUAAGGAUAAAGAAACUAAAAAGAGGAAUCGAUUCAGUAUUCUUUCCUUCUAUAGUACAUAUAACUCCUCCUCCAAUAAUAUUGCUUCUCAAGCAGUAACUCCUUCACCACAGCCAGUGAAAAAGAUUUUGGAACCUACAGAAAUGAAUAUUUCCCCACCAAAUAUGACUGCAAAGGAAAAGAAAAGAGUUGGAUCUGCAGGAUCUUCACGUUCCAAUACAUCAAAGAAAUCUACUACUAGUACAGUUACUAGCACUGGUGCAGCUGGUAAGGAAGCAAGCGCUGCUAGAAAAGUUAUGGAUUUUUUCAAGCGAAGAAGCGUACGGGUGGGUUAA